AUGAAUCCUCAGGCGUUUGUCACUCCCUCCGCGGGCGGCGAGAACCCAUCGCCAGGCUCUUUGCCCGCUUCUGGCGCUCCGCCCGGUUCCCCGCGGACUGGCUACCCUCUGCAUGCGUCGUCCUCCGCGCCGCACCUCACGGAAACUUCGUUGCCGAACAGCUUUCAUCGGGCAGGCGGUCGCCAGCCGCGCACGCCCUCCAGCUUCGGCUCCAUGUCCCAGCGGAUGACUGUGAAUGACCACACCGUCGUGUGUCUCUCUGCAGACGUCACGCCGCUACACCUCAGCGCGGCGGUGACCGACUGCCGCCUGGACAUGCACGAAAUCAAGUCGAAGCGCGGAAGCACGCAGAGCCUGCUCGACCUCGAGGCGGCAGCGUCGCUCCCGACCUCCGCAUACCCCGACGCGAUGCAAGCUGCAGCUGGAGGCGCGCCGGCUCGCCCCCCGUUGGAGCCGCAGGCAGUUCUGUCCCUCGGGCAGGAGAUCGCCAAGCCUGGGUCCGCCGGGGCGUCUCUCCCGGCAGGCGCCUCGGCGGCUGGGGCCGCGUGUUUGGACACAGGAGGUAUCCCGCUUCCCGGAAGCGAAGGCGGAGAGGAAAGUGUGAAGUCGGGCGGUCGAACAGAUGCCCGGAGCGGCCUUGCACACUUUGGCGAGGCGGCAGGCGUCGCGCCUCCGAAGCCUGGCGCGUUCGCGCCGACCACGGAUCCGAGCGUCGCGACGGCCGCGACGCUUUUGUCGUCGUCGCCGCUGGCGACUUCGGGCGUCACGACGACGUUACUCCCGAAGAAGCCGCUGAUUUUGAUCAUCAUCACGGGGGGGACGAUCUGCAUGGACUACGGCGGCGAGCUCUCGUCGAUGCGGCCGACGCGCCUCGCGCAGCGCCUGCAGGACUUGCCCGAGAUGCACGACCCGAACUUGCCGUACUUUGACGUGCUCGAGUGGGACACUCUGGUCGACAGCAGCGAGAUGGCCCUUUCGCAGUGGCAACUCCUCGCGCGGCAGAUUCUGAAUUUCUACGGGAACUACGACGGCUUCGUGGUCCUCCACGGCACCGACACGAUGGCCUACACGGCGGCGGCGCUCUCCUUCAUGCUCGAGAACCUCGGAAAGCCGGUGGUGAUGACCGGGGCCAUGCUGCCUAUGAUGCACAUUUCCACAGACGCGAAGCGGAACCUCGCGGUCUCAAUGAUGAUGGCAGGCUACUCGCAACUGACUGAGCUCGUGGUGAUCUUCGGUUCGCGCGUCCUCCGCGGCACGCGCGUCAGCAAAGUAGACUGCUCGCGGAUCGACGCCUUCGAGUCGCCCAACUUCCCCGCCCUCGGCUGCGUCGGCGUCGACGUCGUGCUCCACGACGAACUCCUGCUCAAACCGCCCGUUCGCGGAUUCCGCAUCUUCACGCAGUUCUGCUUGAACGUCGCCGUCGUCCCCAUCACACCCUUCCUCCCCGUCGACCGGCUGCGCCGAGUCUUCGAAGAGCCGAAGCGACCGCUCGCCGUCGUGCUGCAGCUGUACGGCUCCGGCACUGCCCCGAGCACCAAAGAGCUCCUCGAAACCAUCAAGGAAGGCAUCGAAAACGGAAUCAACAUCGUCGCAACCACGCAGUGUCGACGCGGAUCUGCAAACCUCCUCGCGUACGAAAGCGGCGUGUGGCUAUCCAACCUCGGCGUCAUCAACGGCAAGGACUUGACGCUCGAGGCCUGCGUCGCGAAACUCGCGUACCUCAUGGGAAAAGGGUACACUGGGGCGUCUUUGAAGGAUCUGAUGGAAUCCGACAUUCGCGGCGAACUGACGGAGUCGCCAAACAAAGUUGGCGGGGUAAGCCAUGUUUUGGAUUUGGCGGAGGCUCAGGGGGAGAGAGGAAAGUGCGUUCGGGACGAGAAACGCGAGUUGUUUGGCCAAUCUGCCUCUCCAGUUGGAGACGAAGUGAAGCUCGUCUCGCAGAACCUCGGGGCGUGCACGUUGUAUCGCCACCGAGCGAGAGAUGUCGCCGAGUUCUAG